AUGUCGGACGAGAUGGUUUUGUAUCACAUGAACGGGUCGAGGUCGACACGGGUGCUUUGGAUGCACAAGGAGCUGCAGGCACGCUACGGGACAUUGCCGCCUCUCCGAGUGCAUGUCUUCAACCCUGAAGUCUUUCGCGAGACAAAGCCGGACUGGUAUUUGGCAAUAAAUCCAAAUGGAAAAGUGCCAGCAUUUACGCAUGGCAGAGUGGUCAUGUUUGACAGUAGUGCCAUUUGCCUCUAUUUGUUGCAGACUUUCGACAAAGAAGGAAGGCUGGCACCUCUGCAUGACCCCGACUUUGCUGCAUUGUUCUACCAAUUGGCCUUCUACUGCUCAGGGACUGUGGACAACCUGACGGCCACCUCAUCACCUAUCCAGCCAGUGGUGGCUGAAAAAAGGCCGGGGGAUGAUGAGAAGAAUAUCGAACUCAAUCAUCGAGCCUGGAUUGAGCAGUGUGGGCCGCUUCUGGUGUCGAUUCUGGGAACCUCAAAGUUCAUGGCGGGAGAUGCCUUUACGGCAGUGGACGUCAUCGCUGGUGUCAAUAUGCACUACAUCCACCGAAAAAGGGGUUGGCACGACUUUCCAGCACUUGAGGCACGAUCAGAUCAAGUUUCCAACGAUGGAAACAUAUGGAAACAGAAGGACAAGGAAAGAUACGAAUGCAACAGUCCAAAACCUUCGGCAUUAGACACCCAGGCUCCAUAG